GCAUUUCUUAUUCUCAUCCCGCAUCUGUUUUCCCUCAACCAUGGCUUCCCAGCGUUUACCUUUCUUUGCACUACUACUCACUUUGUCAUUGAUGAGCAGUGACACCAUCUCAGUCGAUGCCCGACGUCUCUUAGAAGAGUCUGUGCCUAAAAAACCCGAACUUCCUAAACCAGAGUUACCACAGAUACCUUCCUUACCAAAGGUUGAACUCCCAAAACCUGAGUUACAGGAAAUUCCGAAACCUGAAAUACCUAAAAUGCCUGAGUUACCUAAGCCUGAAUUGCCUAAAGUUCCUGAGUUUCCAAAGGUGCCAGAAUUGUCAAAGCCUGAAGUUCCUGAAUUACCAAAGCCUGAUGAGUUUCCAACAGUGCCAGAGUUGUCAAAACCUAAACUUCAUGAGGUUCCUAAAUCGACUAAGUUGCAAAAAUCCGAAGAAGUUGAAGUUCCCGAGCCCAAAGCUCUUGAGUUACCAAAAGUCUCUGAAUUACCGAAACCAGAACUGCCUAAAGUUCCCCAAAGCUCCUGAAUUACCAAAUGUUCC